AAUGAUUUUAGCAAUGAUCAAUAUUUUUCAAGCAUUAUUGAAUUCGCUAGUUUAUCUUCACCAAUUGAAAAAAUACUGCAAACAAUCUCAGGCCUCCUUUACGUAAAUGCAAAUAACAAUAUUUUUUUGUCACAACAUCUUUCUAAUGAAAACCAAGAUCUACUUAAUUUAAAUGCAAAUAAUAGUUUCUUAUUAUCACAA